AAACGAGACAAUAUAUCCUUAUGGAAGUAGCAAAUCUAAGGAAGGGGAGAAGGGGGAGAUGACUGAGCAGGUGCAAAGCCCUGCCGGAGGAGGAAAGGAGAGCGGUCAAUCCUGUGGGGUAACCAGGGGUGCAGUUCCCAGCAGGAGGGAUUAGGCUGAGUUUCCCAGUUACAUUCCUCCAUCUCGGGGUUUCAGUCCUGGAGAAGAAACGCACCAUAUGCACAAGAUCUGGAAGCAGUUCAGGAGAGACCCCCUCUCCUACUCCUUUUUCUCCCUCAAAGCCAGUGCCAGCCGCACAUAGGCAGAGAGGCUGCUGCCUUCCUACCCCCGUUACCGUGGCAACCGCCCGGGCUCCCCCAGCCCCGCGCCGCUGCCGCCGCCGGAGCUGCUCGGCAGCCGCCUGCCGCCGCCGGCCAUGGAGCUGCUGGCCGCGGCCCUCAGCGCCGCCUGCGCCCUCGACCAGGACGGCUCUGCGGCACAGCCCGGCAGGGAGCCCCCCGCAGCCGCUGAGGAGAGCCCCGCUUCAGCCACUGCGCCGCCGCCUGCCCACCCCAUGACGGCCGACUCCUGGCGGAACCUCAUCGAGCACAUCGGGCUCUUGUACCAGGAAUAUCGAGAUAAAUCUACACGCCAGGAGAUUGAGACCAGACGACUGCAGGACUCACAGACAGACCCCGAGGAGAGUUCACCCAGUGAGGAAACCCCAUCUGAAGCAGAACCUACCAGUACACCCGAAAGCAAAGCUCCACCACAAAUCAGUUUGCUGAGGAACUCCAACUCCAGGUUCAACUUAUGGCAGGAUCUUCCAGAGAUCCGGAGCAGUGGGGUCCUCAGCAUUCUCCAGCCAGAUGAAAUCAAGCUGCAGGAGGCCAUGUUUGAGCUGGUUACUUCUGAAGCCUCCUAUUACAAGAGCCUGAAUCUGUUGGUGUCUCACUUCAUGGAGAAUGAACGUCUGAAAAAGAUCUUACACCCUUCUGAAGCACACAUCCUCUUCUCCAAUGUCCUGGAUGUCAUGGCUGUUAGUGAGCGCUUCCUAUUGGAUCUCGAGCAGCGAGUGGAGGAGAACAUUGUCAUCUCGGAUGUGUGUGAUAUUGUUUAUCAGCAUACAGUUAACCACUUCUCCGUGUACAUCACCUACGUCUCCAACCAGACCUACCAGGAGAGAGCUUACAAGCAGCUUCUGCAGGACAAGCCAGCUUUCCGAGAAGUGAUCUCACAGCUGGAGCUGGAUCCCAAGUGCAAAGGCCUGUCCUUUUCUUCCUUCCUCAUUCUGCCGUUUCAGAGGAUCACUCGGCUCAAGCUGCUGGUGCAGAAUAUUUUGAAGAAAGUAGAAGAGAAGUCUGACAGGGAAAGCACUGCCCUGGAUGCACAUAAAGAGCUGGAAACAGUGGUGAAAGCAUGUAAUGAAGGUGUCAGGAAGAUGAGCCGAACAGAGCAGAUGAUCAGCAUCCAGAAGAAACUGGAAUUCAAGAUCAAGUCUGUGCCCAUCAUCUCUCACUCCCGUUGGCUGCUGAAGCAGGGGGAACUGCAGCAAAUGAAUGGUCCAAAGACAUCACGAACACUUCGCACUAAGAAACUCUUCAGAGAAAUCUACUUGUUCCUUUUCAAUGACCUGCUGGUAAUCUGCCGGCAAAUUCCUGGGGACAAGUACCAAGUGUUUGACUCUGCUCCUCGGGGGCUCCUUCGGGUAGAGGAGUUAGAAGACCAGGGACAGAGUUUGGCCAACGUCUUCAUCUUGAGGCUGCUGGAGAAUGCAGAUGACCGGGAGGCCAGCUACAUGCUGAAGGCAUCAUCCCAAAGCGAGAUGAAGCGCUGGAUGAUCUCACUGGCCCCGAACCGCAGAACCAAGUUCGUUUCAUUUACAUCCAGACUUGUUGACUGCCCACAGAUCCAGUGUGUCCACCCGUACGUGGCCCAGCAGCCAGAUGAGCUGUCCUUGGAACUCGCUGAUGUCCUCAACAUCCUGGACAAGACAGAUGAUGGCUGGAUAUUCGGAGAGCGUCUUCACGACCAGGAGAGGGGCUGGUUCCCCAGUUCUAUGGGGGAAGAGAUCCUGAACCCCAAAAUCCGAGCCCAGAACUUGAAGGAAUGUUUCCGGGUACACAAGUCAGAUGACAGCCAGCGGAGAAAACUGGGCAGCAGGAACCGCCAAUGACCACUGGCAUUCCCAAAUAUCUGGAGCACCUCUAGGAGAGGGGCAAAGGACAGAAGCACAGCUGGGAGGAUAUAGUGAUGGUGUGGUGGGCCAUGGUGCAGGACCUGGUGUGCUGGAACAGGCAUACGCACCCAUGAACAGACAGACUGCAGUUCCUGGGCUCCCUGCAGCACUGAUGCUUCCCUGGAGAUCCAUGCUCUGAACUGGCUUGGAUAACCCUUUCCCCAGGCAUUCUGUACAGCUGCAGAGAGCACAAGCCAAGCUGACACAGCCCAAAGGUGCCAGCUGGCUGACUCCCAUUCCCUGCACACAUGCUAGCUGGGGCUGGCUCAGGCUGCCUGGGAAAGGCAGAUGGCCAGAAGCAUAAAAGAACAUUAAUGCUGCCCAGUUUGAGCACUUGCAGGUCAUCGUGACUUAUAGUUAGGGUUGCUCCUAAAACACCGUCUUACAGGGAUAAAGCUGAAGCAGAAGAGCUGUCUCACCACCUCUCUUGUCUCAGCAUCAGGCUGGGACAAGCCCCAGUUCACUCCAGCAGUCCUGCUGUGGAGCCACUUGGCCCAUUCUCAUGGGCUGACCCCCAGUCUGCUUCCAGUCAAAUGCUCCACCCCCAGCUCUGCCUCACCAGCCCUGACCCACACCUCCGCCUGCCAGAUGGCCUCAGAGCACACUGAGGCCCUGCCCAUGGCUCACCCCCUCUUCCACAGCCAGUCCCCCUGCAGGGUCCUGGGCACCACAUGCUUUCCUGGUUGAUCUUGCACUUGUGGUCUCUGCAGUCACUGCUAUCUGCUGCUGCUGAGGCACAGGGCAGGGUGGCAGUGCCAGCGCUUCCCCACACACCACCACGGGAGCACCAGCAGCAGGCGAGUGACCUUACCCCAGGAGCUGCUGUCCCACACGCUGUGGGAGGCCCAGCGAUUGCUGCCUGCAUGCUUGUAACCCACGGCGCGCUGCUGCCUGCACAGGCAGAGUGCACCAUUUCUCUGUACAGCCACACCUCCAUGUACAUACACCAACCCCGUUGCCAGGCCACACAGCCAGGCAGCACUCCUUCCUUGCAUGAAGCCCAGGGCACUGCACUGAGACCAGCCAAGGGACGGACCCAUGGCAGCCGCCUGUUGUCCAACAGUCUCACUAUGAACAGUCCCACAUGUGGCCCCUUGGCUACAGGCUGGUCCUGAGCUGUGGCCAGUGUGCAUCAGGGAAAUGGAUUGUUUGGCAUCUUUCCAUACCACUGCAAAGAAGCCUUGCAGGUGCCGUGACCUGCAGUGCCGCACACUCCUGCAGUGCCAUGGCUGUGCUCCAGAAGAGGAUGGAGGAGAGUUGCCUGCCAACGGAGCCAAGCACAGAGCAGGGCUGUGGUGAUGGCAGCUUUGGGAAGCAGCAGGGACCAGGGAAUUGGUUCUGGUUAGAGCUGGCCUUUGGGCCACCGAGGACCAGGUUACACAUGGGUUGUGCAACCAGAGCUAGGUGAGGGAGGGCUAGGGCUGUCACCAUGGUCCUGGGAUAGGCAGCUCUGCACUGGGUGAGUGGCUACAGCCCUGGUGGGACCAGAGCAGCAAAGGGAGAAUGAAGGCAUCCCCCUUGGGCACAGGUCAGUGGCACCAGGUUAGCAGUGACAGCAGGGCUUGCCUAUAGCAACCCCAGGGAGAGGGCCACAGGCCCCCUGCUGAUGCCCAGCCCAGAGCAAGGGGCCAGGAAGGGGCCACAGCCUCCAACCUGGUGCACUGGGCUUGUUUAAUGGAGACACCACAAGUCAGAUAUGCCCCACACACACAUUCCCCCCAACAGCACCCUACAGUCAGCUUUUGAGUACAACCAAGCAUUCAGCUCAGGGUCCAGACCUUACGGCAGCCACAAAUUCUCUAAUGCAAAACCCAGAGGAGCUCCAGCUCCAGGAAAUCCUUAAAAUGACCUGAGAAGUUGCCACAUUGCAGAUGUUACAGCUCCACAGCCCAGGCACUGCUGCCCCAAUGCCUGCCUGGGGUGUUUCUCCUAACACAGAAAUGCUCCCUUAUCCAUCAGAACAGCUAUUUCACCAGUAGAGGGGCUGACUCAGGUUUCCUGGUACCGGGAUGCUGGUUCCUCACUGCAUUUCUCCAGGGAACAAGGGCUGAGGGCUGCCAUGCACCAUGCCAUGACCCACCACCAGACCAGACUUGCUCUGCCCCCCUCUUGCUCUGUUGUGACCUUUUAGGACCCCAAACCAUAGGCACAGGCUGUGUGUUUUCAGGCACCAAGUGGCAUCCAGUGUUACCUCCUCAGACCCAGCCCUGCACGCCUCUGUUUCUGUGGUCUCAAGUGUUGUACAGGGCCAGGCCUGGGGCCCACAUGCACGGGCUGGAGCCCCCCCGGCCCAGCUGGGCUGCCUCAGCGACCUGAGGGGAACUUCUUGUUGUCUUGUUUUCCUGUGUGAUGAAAUGUACCUGAGCGAGCCAGCGCCAAAGCCA